AUGGCAGACCCAACAACUUUCAUAGCAACAUGGCUCACACCUUCUUCCCUUUUCAUCAUUGUAAACCUCGUCAUAGGUACCAUAGCUCUCGCUUCUCGCUUCAAUGCUCCACCCCAAAACCAAACCAACCAACAACAACAACCUCACCUCAACCGUUCACCUUCCUUUCUCCAACGUCUCAGGUCUUUCAAUAAUAACAACCACCAUAACGAACCCGAGUCGGAGCCCGAGUUCACUCAUCCUCAACUCGUUCGAAAACCGUCUCUAUUACAGCGAGUCGUAUCCUUCAAUUUCAACAAACACGAACCACAACACCCACAAACACAUUACGCUCAACCCGAGUCAGACUCCGAGUCCACUCAGCCUCAACUCGUUCGAAAACCAUCUUUCUUGCAGCGAGUCAUGUCCUUCAAAACACACCCCGUUCAACCCGAAUCCGAAGACAUAUCUACUAACCAGAUUUGUAAUGAGGAUAAGACUAAGGUGGAGAUGAAGAAAUCUGCGAGCAAGAAAGAGUGUUCGAUGACGUCUGAAUGGGAGGAAGAGGAUGAAGAAACAGUGGAGCGAAGGAGGCCAGCGACUGCAGCGGCGAGAAGCGAAACAACGACGUGUAAAGAAGAUGAAGCGGUGGAUGCAAAAGCUGAUGAUUUUAUCAACAGGUUUAAGAAGCAGUUGAGGUUGCAGAGGCUUGAUUCAUUUAUCCGCUACAGAAACACCAUGUGA